UCUCUCUCUCCUUCUUUGCGCUCAGUAACUUUGUACAGAGGGAUGCGGUCGAACGGCGCUGCCUGAAAAUGGCACUCCUAUGGAUUUAUCCUUCCCUUCUGACCUCUACAUCUCUUUUCGACAAGUCAGACGUUAAGGACUUAUCCAGAAAAUGAAGUGACACUACUGGACUCCAUGUCAGCGCUAGGGGACCUAGGCUGGGUGGCUUAUCCAUCGGAAGGGUGGGAAGAAAUCAGUGUAAUGGAUGAACGGAACACCCCCAUGCGCACUUAUCAAGUAUGUAACGUUAUGGAAGCCAAUCAGAAUAACUGGCUGCGCACUAGCUGGAUUCCCCGUGAUGGUGCACAGCGUGUUUAUAUUGAAAUUAAAUUUACUCUGCGUGAUUGUAACAGCCUUCCUGGAGUUCCAGGCACGUGCAAAGAAACUUUUAACAUGUAUUAUUAUGAGUCAAACAACAGUAACCUUUGGAUAAUUAAAGAGAACCAAUAUGUCAAGAUAGACACAAUUGCAGCUGAUGAGAGUUUCACCCAGGUGGAUGUUGGAGACAGGGUGAUGAAGUUGAACACAGAGGUACGGGAUAUUGGCCUUUUGAGCAAAAGAGGAUUCUACUUGGCCUUUCAGGAUGUUGGGGCUUGCAUUGCUCUAGUUUCGGUUCGUGUUUUCUAUAAGAGGUGUCCUCUCACAGUUCGCAAUUUAGCCCAGUUUCCUAACACAGUCACGGGAGGUGACUCAGCUUUGGUGGAGGUUCACGGUUCUUGUGUUAACAAUUCAGAGGAAUUUGAGAACCCAAAAAUGUACUGUAGCGCUGAUGGAGGCUGGCUUGUACCUAUUGGUCGAUGUAUCUGCAAGCCUGGAUUUGAGGAGUGGAAGGAUAUAUGUCAAUCAUGUCGACCUGGCUUUUACAAGCCUUUGGCAAUGGAUGCCUACUGCAUGAAAUGCCCACCUUACAGCUACUCGGACAAGGAGGGGGCUUCAGAGUGUGUCUGUGAGAAAGGAUACUACAGAGCUGAGACAGAUCCCAAAUCAAUGGCCUGCACACGACCUCCAUCUGCUCCAGAAAACCCCAUCUCUGUUAUUAAUGAGACAUCAGUGAUUCUGGAAUGGAGCCCACCCCGUGAAAAUGGAGGUCGAGGUGAUGUUACAUACAACAUAAAUUGUAGAAAGUGUCCAUCUGAGGGAAGAAUGUGUAAUCCAUGUGGAAGUGGUCUUCACUUCAUCCCACGCCAAUCUGGGCUCAUCUACACAAAAGUUCUUGUCACAGAUCUGCAACCACAUACCAAUUAUAUAUUUGACAUUGAGGCAGUUAAUGGAGUUUCAGACCUAAACUCUAACCCACGGCCGUACAUUUCUGAGAAUGUCACCACCAGCCAAGCAGUGAACGUCAUUCUAAAAGAGAGGAAAAGUAAAGACAGCAUCACAUUAGCUUGGCAAGGACCAGAAAGGACUAAUGGAGCAAUUGUGGAAUAUGAAGUGAUCUAUUAUGAAAAGAAUCAAAGGGACCAGAAUUACACAGUAUUGAAGACGAAAUCGAAUAGUAUGAGAGUGGAUGGAUUGAAACCUGGUACUACAUAUGUGUUCAGAGUUAGGGCACGAACUGAUGGAGGCUAUGGAAAUUAUGGGGGUGAAAUUGAACUGGAAACUAACCAUGAAGAUAUGCUUGCUAUUGGGGAUCCGAAUCAGCCCACCAUUCUAGCAGUGUCCAUCGCUGGAGGAAUAGUGCUACUUAUAUUCCUGGUGGCCUGCUUUGUUGUUAGUGGCAGGCAUUGUGGAUAUAUCAAAGCGAAGCAAGAUCCAGAUGAAGAAAAAAUGCAGUUUCAACAUGGAAGAGUGAAGCUGCCAGGAAGCAGGACUUACAUACACCCACAUACUUAUGAGGACCCCAAUCAAGCAGUCCGAGAUUUUGCUAAAGAAAUUGAUGCAUCAUGCAUUCGGAUUGAGAGAGUAAUAGGAGCAGGUGAGUUUGGAGAGGUGUGCAGUGGCCGACUAAAGCUGCCUAGUAAGCGAGAGAUUUUUGUGGCCAUAAAAAGUCUAAAAGCUGGCUACUCAGAGAAACAAAGAAGAGACUUCUUGAGCGAAGCAAGCAUCAUGGGACAGUUUGAUCAUCCCAACAUAAUCCGGCUAGAGGGAGUUGUCACGAAGUGUAAACCAGUGAUGAUUAUUACAGAAUAUAUGGAAAACGGAUCAUUAGAUUCAUUCCUUAAGAAACAUGAUGGACAGUUUACAGUUAUCCAGCUAGUUGGAAUGCUGAGAGGUAUUGCAUCUGGAAUGAAAUAUCUUUCUGACAUGAACUAUGUGCAUAGGGACCUUGCAGCCAGAAACAUUCUCGUCAAUGGUAAUCUUGUGUGCAAGGUCUCAGAUUUUGGUCUUUCUAGAGUGCUGGAAGAUGACCCAGAAGCUGCAUACACCACAAGGGGUGGUAAAAUCCCAAUCAGAUGGACAUCUCCAGAGGCCAUUGCUUACCGCAAAUUUACUUCAGCCAGUGAUGUCUGGAGCUAUGGUAUUGUCAUGUGGGAGGUGAUUUCAUAUGGUGAACGACCAUACUGGGAAAUGUCUAAUCAAGAUGUAAUAAAAGCAAUAGAUGAAGGCUAUCGAUUGCCUGCCCCAAUGGACUGCCCAAUUGUUCUACACCAAUUAAUGCUAGACUGCUGGGAGAAGAGUCGAAGUGACAGGCCCAAGUUUGGCCAGAUUGUCAACACCCUGGACAAACUAAUCCGCAACCCAAGCAGCUUGAAGCAAUUAGCCAACAGUUCAGUCUGGCAAGACCCCACAACUCCAGACUUUCCUGUGAAUACAGUGGAAGACUGGCUAAAUGCUGUAAAGAUGGGACAAUACAAAGACAUCUUCAGUGCUGCUGGAUACAUUACACUGGAUUCAGUAAUGUACCUAAGCGCCAGUGAAUUGGAUAAGAUUGGCAUCACCUUAGCUGGCCAUCAGAAGAAAAUCCUUUCAAGUAUACAGAGCCUCCAAACACAAGGACCACACCUCCAAGUAUAACAUUACCCAGCAACACAUUAUGAGUUCAUUAUGAUGUUUUGUUGCUCCUAGCUUAAAGCUUCACUGUACAGAUUGGUCUGGAUAGAACUUGUGCUUAGAACUUUGGCUUCCGUGUACAAAAAAAAAAAAAAAAAAGAGGAAAAAAGAGGAAAAAAGGAGUGAAAAUGCUGAUCUAUAUUAGGUCUUAAUGAUAGUGGUGAUGGAAUUACUCAAACAGGUCACUCUUAAUGAAGUUAUUAUAUCAUGAAGUUGCAACAGACUACCUUUAACAGUUUUUGGAGGAUUAGUAUUUUCACCAUUUUUCAAUCUGCUGAAUACAUUCAUGAGAAUCAUCAUCUCUGCUCAAGAGAAGACCUACACAACUCAUCUGAAUGUACUGCUAUGACACCUAAAUUCAGUACUGCCUCACCUUUGGUCCCACUUCAGAAAGCGUUAAGACAUGGAAGUGUUCGAUUGAAUGUCCCACAAGAUGACAACGCUGGCAUCACUGGCAUUUUCUACUAGUAAAGAAAAUGUAAAUUCAAAUAUCCACCCACUUUCUAGUCUUUGGUUGGCAUUCAAUGUUGGCUUUACAGAAUGCAGCCACCAGAUGACUUUUGGUAUUAUUUUCUCAGAUGUGAAAGGUGUUUUCAUUUUAAUAGAAUAAAGUUAGUCUUUAAUUAUUAGAGAAGUGAACAGAAAGGCCUAUGUAUUGUGCUUUCAGAUAAUGUUAAAGUUCUAUAUUGCUGCACAAGAUCUAACAACAGAACCAUUAAAAAAAACUUGUCUUUCACAUUUAUAUUCUAAAUCAUGCAAUAAGUUUAAAUACCUUUAAUUUACUGUCCACUUAUUCAAACAUACAAAUGUCUCCCAAGCUCAUUAACAUUCACCUAAACUGGAAGUAAUUGUUACUAUUUUAUGUUAUUACACUCCACACAUUGUUAAUGUAUAUAUAAAAAGUUUAUGUGCAAUUCCCCGCAGGUUUUUUUAGCACUUUGAAAUUCAUGUUUUAUUAACAUGCUCGUGCAUCAAUCGAGCCAUACACUGUUUCCAAAUCAGUUUCUAAGAUAUUUAUUCAAUCUAAUUAAAAAAAUAAUGAAUGGCAAACUAUCUGCUACUUUUUUUCUCAUACUGUAUACAUACACCUUAUAGAAACUGUACAUUCUGUAUGAGUGCUAACACUGGUAUGCAAAGCAAAAGAUGAGGCAUUUACUGUAUUUUCUGGGAAAUUACCUUACGCACGAUUUCUGCAUAAUUCAACAUCAGUUUGAUUGAUUGAUACAUAGUGCUUAGUCUACAGUGUACAAAUAUAUAGUAACUCCUUUUUCUUUUAAUUAAAACUAUAUAUCAAGUAAAUGUAGGUUUGCUUAGUUUUCUGAUGUACCUUUUAACAUGUGAAAGUAUAUAUUUUUUUUAUUAAACUUCUGGGUUUUUACAAAUAUCGGCAGUAAUGCACAGGACGAAAUUCCACUCAUAGCAGAUUACAUACAGUAGGCUGGCUUGGGCUUUUGUAUUGACUUCCAAUUUAAAUUACCUUUUUGUUUGGUAGUUUCUACACUUUCUAGGGCCAAUCAUCCUGUUUCAGUUCUGAAUUAAAGCACAGUUCCUGUUUUCAAGUAGUAUCUUUGCCCAAUUAGAUUUGUUUUCCUGUGUAUGUACGUG